AUGGGUGUCCAGGAUCUGCAGGAUCAUGUGCUGGUGCAGUGCGACUUCGAAAUCUUCGGUCAGGUGCAAGGAUGUGGCUUCACCAAGCACUGCCGAGACAACUGUCUGGCGCUCGGCAUCAAAGGAUGGGUGAAAAACUCCAAGCAGGGCACCAUCAUGGGCAAGAUGCAGGGCGCCAAGGGUGACGUCGGCAAAAUGGUCGAGUGGCUCUCCAAAACGGGAUCGCCGGGAUCAAAAAUCGAUAAAGCAGAGUUCAUCAACUGGGGAACCUGUUCGCGGUUUGCGUUCACGGACUUUGCUAUAAGAUUCUAGGCCCCACUCUUAAUGAUAAGCAGCGCUGUAUUCUAAUUUAAUUUGCUUAAUUUACGUUAGGGUGCUAUAGGGAAGAUGUUCUAUGCUGGAGACGAAGAGAAACGACUUGCCGGUUGGUGGUGCUUGAUUAACCGAGCAUUCACGACCAGGAUCGACCAGUGUGAGCUUCUAGAUGAUAUUACUAUAUUGUAUUUUGUCAGUGUAUGUUUUAAUGAUUGUUCUGUUGUGGGACAAUUUAGAUACUGUUACAUCAGCACUGUAUUGGAUUUACUGGUAUGAAAGAGAGGAAGAGGAAAGGAACGAAGAGAGAAUUUUUACGCACGUAAUGAAAACUCACCGCUUUGUAGCACGAAAACUGUUGCAGUGUCAACGUUAUUUUGGUUCCAAAACACGUACGCUUCACACGGCGUAGCUAAUGGCAAAACUUGCCACUUAUUCAACACGCCUAAAAGCAAAGAAAACAUAAAUAAUACUUGCUAUUUAUCGUCCAGGAUGAACGAAACUCUUCAUAGGAUA